GUCACACCACGGCCAUCGCGCAGUCAGCUACAGAGAAUCAGAAGCUAAACGACCUGCUACACAAAGGUCCUUCGUCUGCAACUGACCACGAGAGCUGAGCAAAGAAGAGCCUAUAUAUUUUUUUUUGCUGUUUUGUACAAUUGUCACAAAGUCAUAGGUAUAGUGAUUGGUCCCGUGAAUUUUGUGCGUGUUCAGCCAUGUCAGCAGAAUGCAACCAUCUGAUGGGAAACUACCUAUAACUAUCUACUGAAGUUAAACAAACAAUAACUAGCACAUUAAGCAAACACAAUCCAGGAUGUCGGACCAGCAGAAAGCCUCCCUCUGUCCCCGUCUGGUGGACUACAUGGCCAUAGUGGGUGCCCACACGACGCCUCCGAUGCCAAAGGGACUGCAGGGCCUCAAGGCCCCGCCAGUGCAGGUGCCCGACUUGCUGCGUCGCUAUCCCCCCUCGGAUCAUGCGGACUUCCCGCUGCCCCUGGACAUGGUGUACUUUUGCCAACCGGAGGGUUGCACCAGCGUUGGACCUCGACGCACUGGCUCCGCCAUUCGGGACAUGACCUCCUUUGUAUUCGCGCUGACCGACAAGGAUUCGGGCAAGACACGCUAUGGCAUAUGCGUGAACUUCUAUCGUCCCAUUGAGCGACCUAGUUCGGCGGCGGGAUCGGCAGGAGCUGGCAACGAUCGUCCGGGUAAUGGUGGACCUGGUGGCCAUGGGGGCGGCGCUGGAGGAGGAGCAGGAGGCGGAGGGCGUGGUGGAAGACGGUCGUCGGCCUUCAGGCGGGAGUCGUGGCGCAAGAGCAUGGAACGCAGCUCGGAUUCGGCAUUUAGCAGCGACUACAGAAGUAACGUAGCGCCUAGCGAUUCGGAUCGUGAACUGACCUCGCGUCGCGAUUCGGACCAGCAGCGCCUACACUCACACCACUCGCACCACCAGCCGCACCAUCCGUCGGCGAGCCCGGCUGUGCCCAAACUGGGCCUGAUGGCUCCCUCGGCGGACUCCGAGUCCGGCGGCAGUCAUUCCCCAUCGCCGCGGGCCUCGCGAAAGAGGACGAAACUGCGCAACCAGUCGCUCACCUCGCUGUGCAUCAUCUCGCACCAUCCGUUCUUCACCACCUUCCGCGAAUGCCUGUUCAUUCUGAAGAAGCUCAUCGAUGCUUGCAACGAAUCCUCUUCACCGAAGCGGGUUGGUGCCUCCCAAAAGAUCAACCGGGACAAUGUGUGGACGGUGCUGACGGGCCAUGUCAGCGAUGCCACGCCGUCGAUUGUACUGCACGAUGUGCGCGAAAUCGAAACCUGGAUCCUGCGACUACUCUCCACGCCGGUUCCUGUGCCAGGAUCGACCAGAGUUGAGGUUGAGGUGCUGUCGCCGACGGUGCAUGAACCCCUGCUGUUUGCAUUGCCUGACCACACUCGCUUCUCUCUGGUGGACUUCCCGCUCCAUCUGCCAUUGGAGCUGCUCGGCGUGGAGACGUGCCUGAAGGUAUGGACCCUGAUCAUGCAGGAGAACAAGGUGCUGUUCCAGUCGCGCGACUAUAACGCCCUCUCCAUGUCGGUAAUGGCCUUCGUCACUAUGCUGUAUCCGCUGGAGUAUAUGUUCCCGGUCAUCCCGCUGCUGCCCACCUGCCUAAGUUGUGCGGAGCAGCUACUGUUGGCACCAACGCCCUUUGUCAUCGGGGUGCCCGCCUCUUUCCUGGUCUACAAAAAAAACUUCCGUCUACCGGAUGACAUUUGGGUGGUCGACUUGGACUCCACCAAAUUGACGCCACCGACUGGUGGCUACGAAGAAAUACCACCGCUACCUGAGCCCGAGGGCACCAUUCUGAAGAACCACCUCAAGCAGGCUAUGCUAUUGAUGGAUGAAGCUGGACUUGGUGCACUUACCUCGAUGACGGCCACCAAUACGGCGGUCUCCUCACAACAGCUAUUACCAUCGGUGCGGGAUAGUCUUCAGGAACCACCGUUGCUAGGGGUUUCUCAAGUGAGACUUCCCCUCCAGACGCCUCCUCACUCGGCGCAGGCCAGUCAACGGAACUCGAUGUCCGCCCAAGGAACGAUUAGUUCCCGCCAACCGAGCCCGAUGAAUUCACCAGCCCUCAAUCCAUUCGUUUACGGAACGGAUGUGGAUUCCGUGGACGUGGCCACGCGGGUGGCGAUGGUGCGAUUUUUCAAUGCUCAAAAUACAUUGGCUAACUUUGCUGAGCACACGCGCACUUUGCGGCUAUAUCCACGUCCAGUGGUGGCAUUCCAAAUCAAUAGUUUCCUACGAUCCCGACCAAGAGCCUCGCAGUUCCUGAAUCAAUUUGCCAGGACUCAGGCCGUAGAGUUCCUGGCCGAAUGGUCACUAACGCCCACGAAUGUGGCGUUCCUUCGAGUGCAGACUGGCGUUAUGGAUCCCAUGCAGGUGGGCGAUAAGCCCAAGUGGUUCGCCCACGCUCUGACCCCCAUCCGAUUUUCGGUGUGGGACGAUGGCAGCUCACUGAAUGGAGCCCUGCGAUCGCUGAAACAACUCGAGUGCCAGCCGACGGACGAGAGUGGUUCGGAUUCAGAGGGAGCGGAUAGUAGUAGCUCAUCGUACAGCUCACUCAGUGAUUUUGUAUCGGAAAUGGCCUCCUCCGAUCUUUCGCCCAGCCUGCAUGAUGUCUUUGGGUCUUACAAUCGGCCACAUGUUGUUCCUCAGACUCUCUCCUCGAAUUUGGAUCCGGCCUUGGUCUAUCAUCCGCCCAGCAAGCUGCAGUAUCCCGAAGGCAUUGCCGAUGCGGUGGCCAGCAAAGAGGAGGAGGAUGAGGAGCGUGCCGAUAGCCCUGUGUCCUCAUCCUCCAGUCGCUCGGAUCUGAGUUCGCCCAGCUUCAAUCGCGAUUCGGAGUUUGAUUUCCAGCCGAAGGGCGGACAAACUCUGGGAUCGACUACAGUUGGCAGUGGAGCGGCUGCACCCAGUUUCGAGUUGGCCACUCCGUUGGCCAUGCGACUGGAGGCCACCAUUAAGAUGGCAAGCAUUGAACAGGAAUCUGACACGGUAUCCACGGCGACGGGCAAGACCAUAGCCGCCGGUUCGAAAUUACAAAGACAUCCCAGCGACUCCGAGUCGCGGCCUGAAAAGAAGAUUCCGCCACCACUAACGCCACCGGUGAAGCAGCCUGGAGUAAGCAAUAUCCUAGCCCGAACUGGAAGUUCCGGCUCCAGCUCCAGCAGUCCUGGACGUCAGAGUUCCCAGAGCUCUCUAUUCGAGAACUUUGCCUCCCAUGCCAAGGAACUGGUGCGCGAAACAACGCGCCAGAGCAGCCAGGAGGGUCUACUGGCCCAUGUGGAUAAGCAUGCGCUGGACGAAGAUCUUGACGACAAAAUGCGUCAUACCUUCGAAAAGUUUACGCUGCACGCAAAGAAGGCAGCUGGAGAGGCUUCCAAGCAGGCCCUGGAAGUGUCCAAACAGGCGGCUGGAGUGAGCAAGAAUACCCUCGAAGAUCUCACAUAUGUAGGCAAAUCGACGCUGGGCGAUCUUACCAAAACGGCCAAGGAGGCUGCCACCAAGAAAGGUAUUAUUAAGAUCGAGGAGCAUUCGGCGGGCGGAGCUGGACCACCGCCAAAGUCACCCGGAUCCCAGCUGGCGACACACAAGCAGGUGCAGCAAUCGGGCGGCCAGGGUGGUGGCAACAACUUCUUCUCCGCGAUUGGGACGGAUUUCAAUGGGCUAGCCUCAUCCACAUCCACCAUGUUCUCGGGCAUGUUUGGUAAAAAGAGCCAACAAAAGCAGGUUCCUGUACAGCAAAAGCAACCUAACGUAUCCGCUGGGAAGGCCAAGUCUGGCAUUAAUUUCGAUCCAUUUCCUGGACGCAAGGGACUCGUGGAGCGGACGCCGUUGAUCAAGCAUUCGGGUCCUAGGCAAACACAAGAGGAGCUGACCCGCCAGCAAAACCAGGAGCGUUCGCAUAGUAAUGCCGAAAAUCAGACCUUCCUCAAGGAUGUGACCAAUCAGGUGCUCGCUGGAGAGGGAGUCGGUUGGCUGAAGCUCAAUCGGUUUAAGAAGCUAAUGGAGGACGAGUCAUAUCGCACACUGGUGCUUAGCAAGCUCAAUAAGACGCUGGACAAGAAGAUUGCCCCAGAUGAUCAUAUUGACGAUGUGUGCGUGACGAAGCCCGUGUGGAAGGGUAUGCUGAAGUGCAUCCAGGCCAUAGCCGGCGGGUUGGACGUGACCUUUGCGAAUUUCGGCCUAGGCGGUAUGGCUUCUGUUUUCCAGCUGAUGGAGGUAGCCCACACGCAUUAUUGGAGCAAGGAGAUCAACGAGGGCAGCGACAUGUCCUCGAGCCUGCUCUCCAGUCACGCCGCCAGUCCCAUGGGCAGUAGAGAGAACCUGCGAUCACCUAGCUCACCAAAUGGCUCCCACUCGGCAUUGGGCAGUGAGUGGGCAUCGCCGCAGGAAUCACGAAAGAGUUCCACUCAAUUGGCACACGGUGGACCAGGUGGUUCGCAUUCGGGAGCACCGAUUAACCGACGAUUGUCGUCGGCGGAUAGCCAGGAUGGUCAGUCCACCACGGAGAUGUUCAAGGAUAUGCUGUCGCAGAAAAGAAGUGCCUUGAAGAACAUGCUCACCUCCUUCGAUUCAGAUGCUGCUGGCUCCACGGGUGCGCUUUCCGUUGUCAGUUUGGGCGUCCGCUUGCCCUCCAGCUGCCGAUCCACGGUUUCUGACACCGAGUACGAAAAUACAACCACGUCGAAGGAUUCGAAAAAGAGCUCUGGCAAUCUGUGGUCGGGCAAGUCAACGCUUAGUGCCGGAUUUCGUUAUACUGGAGGACACCUGAUCAACACGUCAUCUUCUCCGUCGCCGGACAGUCCGCGGGUUUACCUCUUCGAAGGGUUGCUGGGCAAGGAUCGCCUCAAUCUUUGGAACCAAAUGCAAUUCUGGGAGGAUGCCUUCCUCGACGCUGUCAGUCAGGAGCGUGAUAUGAUCGGCAUGGAUCAGGGUCCUAUUGAAAUGAUGGAGCGCUACAAAUCACUAAGUGAAUCGGAGCGCAAGCGUCUUGAACACGACGAGGAUCGUUUGCUAUCCACAAUGCUCUACAACCUGACGGCCAUCCUGGUGAUGCUGAAUGUCGCCAAGGACGAGAUCCGGCGCAAGAUUCGACGCCUCCUUGGAAAGAGUCAUAUUGGCUUGGUGUACUCCCAGGAGGUGCACAAUGUGGUCGAUCAGAUAAACAAUCUGAAUGGAAAUGACAUUGAUCUAAAGCCCUUGGGUUCACGAUUGCUGCACCGCCAGAGCUUCACCGUCCACCAGGGCACAGAUGUGAACGGACCACUACGAUUUAUGGAGGUGCGGGACGAUGGUCUGGUACUCCGAUCAGUGGAUGGCACCAUUGUGGAGCGCUGGUGGUACGAGCGGCUGGUCAACAUGACCUAUUCACCCAAGACCAAGCUGCUCUGCCUGUGGCGCCGCAAUGGCGGUCAGACGCAAUUGCACAAAUACUACACACGAAAGUGCAAGGAGCUGUACAAUUGCAUCAAGGAGGCCAUGGAACGGGGCGGCACGCCCACCAAUGUACCCGAGCUGGGCGGCGAGUUUCCCGUUCAGGACAUGAACACAGGCGAGGGCGGCCUGCUGCAGGUGUGCCUCGAGGGUGUCGGUUUGUUGUUCUCCAACAGCAAGGAUUUCGAGUUUUUCGUCCGAUUGGACCACAUCCGCAAGUGCUUCACCCAGAAGGGUGGCAUUUUUGUACUGGAGGAGUACAAUCCCAAGACGCGCAAUCUCAUUCAACGAAAGUACCAGUCAAGCAUGUCCGAUCAGAUUUGCUACUCGGUGCUGUGCGUAUUCUCCUACGUGGCCGCCGGUCAGGACCAGAAGAAGAAUCCGGUGGUCAUCACUCCGCAAAUCCAGGACAUUCAUGCCCAGCAGAAGCAAAAGCACCAGCAGCAACAGCAACAUCAGCAGCCGCAGCAGCAGCAGCAGCCACAUCAAACGACCACGCAGCAAAAUCAGCCCACAGCAGUAGCAUCUGCAGUGCCCACAACAACUGCUCCAGCCGGACAAGUCAAUCCCAACCGGAUGACGGCCAAAUCGCAAGCCGGCAGCAUCUCCAUACGGCACACGGUGCCCAUGCAGAAGCCCACCAUCACCAUGUCCACGGUGCAGCCGCAGGCCAGGAUGCCAGCCCAGGUUGCAACCGCAUCUGUUCCGGUCACUGUGCCAGUUCCCCCCACUCCCGCUCCACCCACAUCCAAUCCCGCCAAGCUGCCGCAAUUGCCGCCGCGCGUACCGUCGCAACCUUCGACGGAAAGCCUGGCCUCGAUCUCAUCACCGCCGCCAAAGCUACGGACACCCAUGUCCGCUCCACCCGGACCACCGCCGGCCAUACCGCCGCGCACGGGGGCCAUUUCACGUAGCGGAUCGGUACCGGCGGCCCGAUCCUUUGUCCGCCAGGCAUCGGCAAAUUCUACACCGCCACAGUAUACGCCACAGCCGCCGCCGCCCUUCGUGAUACCCAAGCGGCACAGUGGACUGGCCAGGGCAUCCACCUUGUCAUCAUCCACAUCGCCAUCGAUGUCAUCAUCAUCCGCCUCCAAUCAUCCCGGGCAUUCGCAGUCGCAGCAGCGCGCCAGUCACGGCAGCGUCGCCGCUGUGCUGCAAUCAAUGCCGGAGGCUGAGCCCGGUUACGGAUCCGGCUCCGGUUCAAUAUCCGGCUCCAGUUCCGGCUCCGGUUCGGCAUCGGGCUCCAUUGCCAGCGCUUCACCGCAGGCCCAUCGCAAGCACUGACGAAGGAGUUCGUUCUUUAAGUUUGGAGGCGGCGGAGGCGGAGGUGGUGGCGGCGGACCAGGGGGCGGGGCCAAUCCAGGGGCAGGAGGCGGUGGCGGCGGACAGAUGGGCGAGGAGCCACACCCACAUGCCCAUCGACGUGACGUCUGCCGCACCAUCUGUAUCCCCUGGCUGUGAUCCCGGCAGUCGACCGACUAAGACGGUUCAUCAUUCCAAGCGGGGCUUUCCUAAUCCAUGUUACACUCCACAAAAUCAGCCAGAAAUACAGCUAGCUCCUUCGAACACAACAUAUUUCAUAAAAUAUCAAUUGUUUUCAAAAUUGUUAAAACAUUUGUAAGUCCUUUAACAUGAAAUCCGUUAAAUAAUUAUGUAUAUCUUUAUGGAGGGAAAAAGUAUAAGCGGUCAAAGUAGGGAACAUUUAUAAAAAAAAGGAAAAUUAAGUAAUGAAGCUUAAGAGACGUUUAAAAAUAAAUAAUAACAUUAAAGAAGAUUUUGUCAAAAACAAUGCUUCUAAUCAUUCCUGUUCAUAAUUUCAAAAAACUUUCACAUGUGCAAUAUUUUAGUAAGUCAAGCUUUAAUUGAAAUAAAAGUUCUUCUUAGAGAAGUAGACAUAUGCUUAAAGACAAAACAAUCAACUCUAUGAAUAUAUAUAUUUAAACAUAGUGGUGAACAAAUUAUGUUACAAAAUUGCAAAGUUUUGCUGUCUGUAAAUACACGAAGUAUCAAUAUGGAUCUUAAACUUAAGCGUGCGCAUAAACGUGGUAUUGUCCUUGGUCUCUAGAGCCAAAGUUACAGUAUUCUCCAAUCUUCCUCUUCCGCACGGAUCGCGAAAGCCCCGCGAUCCAUCAGUUAUGCUAUAUACAUAUAUAUAUAUAUAUAUAUGUACCGUAAUCGAUUAUACUUUAGCCAAAUCAUAUCAUUAGCCGCCUCUCACUAAUCCCAUAGACAAAUUGUUUCCUGCUAAGCUUUAAGGCAGAAAGCGCCAAACAAAAACAAAAACUCGCUUACGACUACCUAAAACAUAGAUAAUGACAAAUAUAUAUAUACAUACAUACAUACAUAUAUAUACACUCAGAUCGGGACUUGACUUCACUGUGGGGCCCUUUGAGAGGGCACAACAAACGAAACACAAACGGAAAUUGAAGGCAAUCUAGUUAGGGAUAUAGUAUACUAUACCAACUAAAUUCAAACUAACAAACAAAAUAUUAAAAUAUUAUGUGAAUAUCUACCAGACAACUACGAUCAUACAUAAAGUAAAUAUAUAUAUAUAUAAAUAUAUAUUUAUGGUAAAGGAAUUUAACUAGUUCGUACAGAAAAUAUUAAGAGAUUGUAUGACAGCAAGAAGUGGUCCUAAGUUCAGAUCUAUUGGGAUCGGUAGUUUAAGGAAUUGUCAGGGAACACGAGCACGGACGACGGAGAGUUUUGGAUUAACGGGGACUCUGGAGAGCAAUAAGUAUGUGUAUGUGUAUGUAGUUUGUAAAAGGAGAUCGGCGUACAUCCAAAAUACACACAUACACACACAUAUAUAUAUAUAUAUAUCUGAAAAUAUAUAUAAAAAAUAUAACUAUUUUUUUGUUAGCUGGCUCUGGAUGUUAACCACAAAUAAAGCCCAGCACCCAUAUAUAUAUAUAUAUACAUACCUCUUUAGCCGUGUAUAUAUGUAUAUGAUCGAUUGUAUUUUUCAAAGUUCAAAGCGAGAAAUAAAAAAAAAUAAAAACAA